GCAGACGGAAAUCGUUCAACGGAUGAACGGAAUAUUGGAGUUAGUCUUGUUUUCCUCUCUUGAAGUCUUGAACUCAUCGACCUUGUAAAUUGGCCGUUCUCGUUUGUGCCGUUGUUACUAUGAUUUCCAAACGUUUAGUGUAUUGAAAUAUUCGUUCCUUAAAAAAAAAAGAAUCUCAUUUUCAGCAAAAUAAGUUUAAGUGGCAAAAACUGGCAAUCCCUUUUUUAAAACCGGAAAAACCCAAAGUGACUUACUGUGUGUGAAACAGUUUUUAGAAGAUGGAAAAUGAAAUAACACUAUCCUCACUUCAGUGUGUUUAGUACACAGUAAUCACUGAGUUUUCUUAAGCUGUCGAAACAAUUAAAAUGGCAUUUUGGAAGCGCUUAGGGAAAAGAUCCAGUGUCCCAUCUAACAAUACCAGGGGAAUUUCGAACAAAAACUACUUGCCUCAAAAUAACAAUGAUUCAGCAUCAUCUUCAAUGUCAUUGUCUACCAGUGGAGACCUUGGAGAAAGCUUGUAUAAUAAUCUUCAACGGUUCCCAAGCGAAGAAGGUGUGGUCAACGUCAAUAAUACGUCUAAAGUUCCAGACAAAUUCAGCGGUGAUUUUGGAGACUUGGGAGAUUUGAAUCUUCCCGAAACCAUUCGUUCUUGGUCGCGAAGGUCUCGCCUCUCAAAAAAUCUACAAGAAGUCUUGAUGGAUCUAACAGCACUAUCUUACUUCCAACAGUAUCUCGAGAGCAAACAAGUUAGCAGUUACUUAAUGCUGUUAAACGAUUUAAAAAAUUACCAUUUAUUGGCGACGUCCUUAUCCACAAGCGGUUGCGCAUCUAAUAGCAACGCCAACAGUCCUAUCGUAAAUGGGGACGGCUUACUUGCAAAAUGGAGCCCUUCAAAAAAUAACGAUACUAAAGUGCUUCGACUGCUGAAUUCAACUUCUAGUAGUUCAGGCUUUAGUGACGACACCAGUCUUGACUCCCCUGGCCAUUCUGUGUCCACGGGCUCCACCCGUUCAACAAAGCCUUUAGAAACAGACACGAUGGCUCACAGUCUGCUCAGUGAAAGACGUAGAAUCAUCCAAAAAUAUUUCGAAUCUGAUUCAAGUGACUACCUUCCUACCGUUUCGUGUUUUCUACGAGAUGUCGAUCCUUGCUCUUUGGAAAUAACAGAGCUUGAUGCCGAUGUCUUUCAAGACGUCCAAAUCGGAGUUUGCAAUUUGCUUGAGAAUGAUUACUUUAUAGAGUUUCUUCAUUCGGAAUUUUAUUAUCGCUAUCAGCUAGAAAUAAUCACUGGCGGGAAACUGUCGAUCACAGAUAUAAUUUAUAAUGAUGCUUGUCUAUUUUACUUUAUGGAGUAUAUGGACCAAGAAGGCAAGCGCCACUGGCUAGAAUUUUUGUUAGCGGCAGAUAAUUAUCGAUCUCAGUGGAACUCACCCAAUGCUUCAUCGGAUGCCUUGAUUAUAUACAACAAGUAUUUUUCCCUACAAGCCACACAGCCGUUGGGGCUAUUAGAUGCAAUACGAUCCAAUAUAGAAGAAAAUAUAUGUAUGACCAAAAAUGGUCCUGGUCCAGAUUGCUUUGAAAACGCACUUCACGUGUUGUUAUCAACAAUGGAGAAGAAAUAUCUUCAACCAUUUAUGUCUUCCCCUGUCUUUUGUCAAUAUCUAAAUGACAUUGUAAGUGCCCUAAAAAACACCUCCAAUCUUUUAUCGCGGUGCAAACGUUCAGGUUCUACAAGUACGAUCAACAGUGAAGUAAGUGGAAUAAGUUGUAGUACAACCUCAGCAACUGUCUCAAGCUACCUAGCAGCGGGAGGUUCUUCUGCUUCGGCUAUCGGAGUUAUUUCGUCUACCGUUGUGAAUAAUGCGGAAAAUUCAAUGAUACGUUUGGGAAACAGUAUUAGUAACGAAAGCCUAAUGAUUGAUAUUCGGCAACUAAAUGACCCCGACGCGCUGUGGCAGAGAAAGAAAAUAACGCUUAGCCUUGGACGUCUUACGCCAUUCGGAAGAUUCUACAGCGAAAUAGAGUUUCCUGUUGAAAAGAAAACCGAGUCCAAAAUAACUAAAGCUGUAAGAAAAUUUGUUUUUGUGGAAGAGGAUCAGGAAAAAGAAGACAUGGCCUGGCAAAUGGCCGAAAUUAUUAUUAAAGAUGUGUUAGCAAUAACUUCAGGGAAAAGACCGCCUCAAGCGCUUUAGUGUCCCUCCACAUUGUCCUUGCUGUCUAUUCUACAUAAACAAAUGAAAAAAAAAAAAAAACAAUAUUGACAAAACGAAUUGGGGACAAACCCACUUAACCGCAUUAUAUUCCAAAUCUCCAAUAUGUUAUACGCCUGACUUCUGAAUUCGUUACUUACAUGACGUUUGCUGUAAUUAUGUAUGUUAACUAUAUCUAUCCAUAUCGGUCGUGGUUUCAUGCGACUAGUCUUUCAUACUUGUUAAAUGAGAAAGCAGGAGAAAGUGCUGCCGUUUGAAAAAGGUAUAAAAAAAUAAAAUAAAUUUAAACAUC